AUGUCCCUGACCUCGUACAUCAACAAAAAAGUCCUGGUCAUCACCGUGGACGGCCGCACCCUCCUCGGCACCCUGCUCUCGACAGACCAGCUCACAAACCUCGUCCUCACGCAGACCGUUGAACGCAUCAUUCGCACCGCAGAUGACCCGGAACCCAGCUCGGAGAUUGAACAUGGCUUGUACCUGAUUCGCGGCGAUAAUGUGGUGGUUUGCGGCGAGAUCGACGAGGCGAUUGACGCCGAUGUAGACUGGAGUAAGGUCAAAGGGGAGGUUAUACGCGGGACGAAAAAUCUUUGA